AUGAUACUCUCGCUACCUCCUGACACAGCGCUGGAAAAAAAUGUUCCCGUGGCGGGCAUGGCUGGGAGCAGCUGGGGUGACGCUGAGUGGGGGGACCCUACUGACUGUGAAUGUGGGGGUCCUCCACCCCCCACAUUCAUGCUUCCCCCUCCGCCCCGCCCUCCACCACCCCCUGACGACCCAAACGAGGAACAGGGAGAGUGCGAGGCCCCUUUCACCUGUCCUAGCCUGCUGGGAGCCCGUGAGGACCACAGACCCACUGCUGGCAGGGCCCCCAUGGCGGUCGUCAUUGUCUCCGCCGCAACACUCGUCGUUCUUGUCGUCGUCGCCGCUUUUAUUGUCUGCAGACUACGAGGCCGCGGGCGGACACCCAAGGGGUGUACAGAGCUGAGCGGAGCCAUUAUAUAUGACGACUUACCCUCUGCCCCCACUAUCGUGCCCGCCCGUACACGCCAACGCUUCAAGCCCGUCCCUAUCGACGGGGAGGAAAUGAUGGGGAUGACCAUGGGUGUACAUUUGUACACCCCAGAACCCCGUAGCAAUCCCCCGUCAGAGCACCUCUACCAGAGCAUCUCCUCAGGGAGUGAGACCUGCAGCUAUAGUACCAGUGAUGCAGCAGGGCAAGAUGGUCGGGCUCUCCUGCGACCCCCACACCCAAGGAGCGUGAGAGCCUCUACCACCCUGGUGGAUACUGACAGCGAGGAAGAGCCCCUAGCACCCAUGGGGGUCCUCGGGGAUCCCAGCGAUAACGAUACCCCGAGCAUGUCCCCGGCCCACUCUCGCUACUACUGCGCCAGUGCCCCACCCCGCACCUCCUCCCCAGGGUCUGACUAUGAGAGCGUCUACUACGUGGGUGGAAUGCGUCGUGGACGUCCUCCGACCCCCCAAGAGCGGGGUCUACCACCUCUUCCCUCCCGCACUGACAGGUUCAGAAUAUACUUCUCGGUGGAUCGAGGGCAACACCGAGUGCCCGGACGGAGAGGCAGGCGGCAGACCCAUCAUCACCACCUCCACCCGAGGAACCCACCAGAAGCAGAACCGCUCUACGAGAACCUCACAUAGAUCACAGUUAGUUUAAGCACUGAAAAGGGACAUCAAACAGCAUCCUAGUCGUCCUCUGGUGGUCCUCUAGUGGACAUAUUUGUUUAGUAAGUCUUAGAGUAACAGUCCUGACUACUUUAGCCACUAGUCCAUCCAUCACGGUUUAUUAGAGGACCGUGAAUGUCAAGAGCAGCUGCCACCAGGUGUGUACAACUAUAGUGCUCAGUUGUGUUUGAUCUCAGGUGUAGUGGCUGGCUCAGGUGUUGCCCCCAACCACACUGCUACUCUGGAUAUAGUGUCUCCCUUCUGUGGCAGUACUGAGUUGGCCCAUGGGUGCUGAACAGGGAGUAGUGGAAUACAUGAACUGAAUAUUAAUGGUAAGGAAAUAGUGAUUUUAUAGGUCUUAAAAGACUCAUUGGUAAGAGUGACUUGGUGGGUAAGUUUGCUCGUGUUGUGGCACGUGGAAGUCAGGUUUACAGUGAACUACAGGUUGUUCAACCUUCAUUGAUAAACAUAUAUAUAAAUUAACGACAUAGGAAGGUCAUCGGAAAUAUCCUCUUAUAAUUAAAGACUCACCAGUGUUGCUAAGUAGGACUUGGUCAGACUUGUAAUGUGCUAAAUGAGGGACAGUGGAAGUGUAUGGAAUAAAGUUCAGAUGUCUGAAAGUGGGGUUGGGGUUGAGUGGAACACAGUCGGUUGAGACAUUUAGGGGUCUUAGCAAUAAAUUUACUCUAUGGUCUACUCUACUUAUCUUUUGUUCCUCGCAAAAUUGUACUUUAUAAACAUACACCUUGCUUAUUCGCUGAAAAGUUUUGAUUGCAAACUUGAAAAUUCAUUAACAAUAUUCAUGAAAAUUAUGUUUGCUUAAAUUGUCUGAAGUUAAAAUAGGAAAGUGCAAAGCGCCACUUGCAACCUGCUGGGUUAAGAACGUUAAGACACGGACCUGGUGGCACACGUAGGUAUGGCUUCCACACCUCAGAGUGCGAGGACUCUACUGCUUAUACAAUGACACUUGCUUAUUGUGAAUGUGUGUAAAUACACCAGCCUCCCCGUUUUCAAUUAUGUAGUGAAUCUUGAGAGAGCAGUGUGGGACAUUAUAGAGGGAAAUUUGACGAGGGAAUGCAAAAACUUACUCCAAACAUACCAAUGACUAGAGAAACGAAAUGAGUUCCCAAAUUCUGAGAAAAACUUGCAUUUUUUCAGGAUUUGAAAAAAAAAAACAUUCUUUGAAUCACUGAAGACUUUUUUUUUUUUUUUU